AUGGCCAUUUCGUCGGAAAGAUUCGGAUACCCUCUCUCUCCCUCUGUUGUUUCAGGGAUCAUGGGACCAACGUGUCAUCUGACAGUGGUGAUCGCGCUGUUCCUUCAGACGACCAUGCUACACGCUCAUCGCGAGCACAAGGUGCACAACAUCGUGCUGUAUCCCGACAAGCACAGCUGGUGCAAAACGACCCCGAUAAAGCAAGUGGUCACGUGGCCGCAGUGUUCCUCGCAAGAACUCGACAACAACGUCUGCGUGGGAGCCUGUUUCUCGUACAUGGUGCCGCACAGUGAACCUUCUGCUCCCGGUGACCUGAUCAGACCUUAUUGCGACUCUUGUCAACCUUUGGACAGCAUCUGGCACACGGUCACGCUGGAUUGCAAAGAUGAAACGAACAACGCAAUCACGAUGCAGAAGAAAGUCCAAAUCAUCACCAACUGUUCCUGCAGCUCCUGCAUGGAGACAUCCAGGAUCAAGCCGGACUACAACACUUUGCUUCAGUCAUUAACCCAAGAGAAUUUAGACAAGAACGUCAACGUCCCUCACGAGACGCCGGAUCUCCUGGAGAAUCCCAACUUGAACUCCUCCAAGAACACCACCAAGGACGGUGUCCAGGCUAACGAGAGAUUCAUGCAACUCUUCAAACAACUGAAGGACUCCGAGAAGUUGGAGCAGUCUGGUACUAAGGAGCUGUUCUCCAAGUUCGACGAGGACAUCGAUUUCGACAAACUGCGAGAGUUGUUGGACAAGUACGGGCAAGAAGAGGAGAAGCAGCACACCCAUCGGCACGUGCAUCAACAUCAGCAUCAAUCGAGUGGGAAACAACAGCAGCAACAACAGCAACAGCAUCAGACUGUGCUUCAUCGAGGGCCGCAUCACUCGAUGGUUUUAGAUCCUGACGUGAAGGAGAAGAUCGUUGUCGAGCCGCCUUAUCUUCAUCCAGCUGUUCCUGGACAGGAGAUCAGCUACCACGACAAC